ACUCGGCCCUGAACCAGAAUCCAACCAGAAGAGCAUCGAGGAGCAACCAGGACCAGAAGAAGAAGAAAGACCUUCACACUCGUGAUCCUCAGACCCGACUCGGAGUUUCCUUUCAUCUUUGUGUGUUUUUUCAAAGUGUGUCGUCGCACAAUAAGUGUGUGUUUGUUCUGAACGUCAUCGAGCUCUAACUCCUGCUGAGAUGUUUCCAGAGGCGAACAAAGGCUACAGCUACGAGGACUGUAAGCUCACCUCUGAUUGGCUGCUGGCCCAGACGGACGUGCGCCCCCUGGUGGGCAUCGUGUGCGGCUCCGGCCUGGGGGGGCUGGCCGACAUGCUGAAGGACCAGGUGGUCUUCAACUACAAGGACAUCCCCAACUUCCCCCAGAGCACCGUUCACGGACACGCCGGGCGCCUGGUGUUCGGAACGCUGAGGGGCCGGCCCUGCGUCUGCAUGCAGGGCCGCUUCCACCUGUACGAGGGCUACGCCAUCCAGAAGAUCACGCUGCCCAUGCGGAUCUUCAAGCUGCUCGGCGUGAACACGGUGAUGCUGACCAACGCCGCCGGGGGUCUGAACCAGGACUUCAAGGUGGGAGACAUCAUGAUCAUCAAAGACCACCUCAACAUGCCGGGCUUCGCCGGCAACAACCCGCUGGCCGGGCCCAACGACGAGAGGUUUGGCGUGCGGUUCCCGUGCAUGUCCGACGCCUACGACCGGGAGCUGCAGCAGCUCGCCAUGGACGUGGGCCAGGAGCUCGGGUACGGAGACUUCCUGAAGGAGGGCGUGUACUGCGUGCUGGGCGGACCCUCGUUCGAAACCAUCGCCGAGGUCCGCAUGCUGCACCGACUCGGCGCCGACGCUGUUGGCAUGAGCACCGCCCCCGAGGUCAUCGUGGCACGCCACUGCGGCAUGCGCGUCUUCGCCCUGUCGCUGAUCACCAACAAGGCGGUGAUGGACUACGACAGCGAGGAGAAGGCUAACCACGAGGAGGUGCUGCACAUCGGGAAGCAGCGGGCGGAGCAGCUGGAGCGGCUGGUGUCCACCAUGGUGACGAGGCUGGAGCACAACAACGACUGCGUCUGAGGCGCCGG